AAAUCCCUUUUCUUUUUCUCUCCCGAGUUCCAGGGUCUCCGCAGAGAGCAAGCUAUCGGACGCCACCAGUAAGAAGUUAUCGAUAAAAAAGAGACUGCAGGACCCAAUUUCUUGCACGUCUAGGAAACUUCACCAUCCUCCACACCCCUCUCCCCUCCCUAUCCGGCCGCCGUUCUGACCACUGCCUCUCUCGUCACCAUCCGGCCUAUACCAACACCACCACCAUCACCAUCGUCACCGCAAACACCUCCGCGCCCGAAAUCAUCGCACAAGCUCUUGCUAAUUCAACCACCCAACAAGCCCUCCUUGGCGUUCACCUUCCCCCCACCACCACCGCCACCACACACACGCACACACACACACCUUCCGGGAUUAGAAUCGGAAAAAGGAUACGGUACAAUGUCCCUCAAUUCGGUAUCAGAAAAUACGCUGGACCUGGGGAAUCUCUCAUACCUUACGGAGGUUGAUGAUAACCUUUGCUGCCCUAUCUGUCAUUCCCCGCUGGUGGACCCCGUUCACACGAAAUGUCGUCACACCUUUUGCUCCAGCUGCAUUACCGAGGCCCUUGAGACCUCGAAGACGUGUCCGGUCGACCGGAAACCACUGAAGCUGGAGGACGUUUCUGCAGCUCCCAUCAUGAUUGCCAAUUUGGUCAACGACUUGGUGGUUCUGUGUCCUAAUUCCGAAUUCGGUUGCCCCAUGACCUGCGCGCGGUACCUGCUGGGCGGGCACCUUAGGGAAGAUUGUGCUUUCGUUGCGGUAAAGUGCUUAGGAUGUGAUGGUACGAUAAUGAGGAGAGAUGCUGGGUCCGAGUGUUUACACCAGUUGGUGGAGUGCCCCUUUUGCUCUUCCAGCUGCCGCAAGAUUGACAUGGAGGUUAGUUAUUAUCCUCUAUCCCCCCAAACCCCCCCACAAUCAGGGGCUGGUGGUUGGGGAAGAUGGGUCGUGACUCAUGGUGCGGUUUGCUAUCUAGAAUCACAGAGUCGAGUGUCCACGAAUCAUCGCCGCGUGCAACCACUGCUCGGGAGAUUUCACUCGUUCCAACAUUAAAGCUCAUGAAGCUACUUGCGAUGAAGCAAUUAUGCCGUGCGAAUCAUCAGAUGUGGGAUGUCCAUGGAAGGGGGCUCGGAGGGAGCUAACAGAGCAUACGAGAGCUUGCCCAUUUACUCUUCUUCGACCGGUACUCCAUGCCCAUGCGGGUCGCCUUGAAACACUAGAGCUGGAGAACAGAGCACUUCGUAGAAAGAUUGAUAUUCUUCUCCCCCCAAGGCCACCCACGGAGGCAGCUGCGCCUUUUUUUGACGAGCAUACAAUCCAGCUCCUUGCUGAGCAGGAGCAUCUUCGUUCCGAUCUUGAGCGGCUGACUGCAUCGCUCUCGGAGAUGGAAAUACAGCAAGGAAUGCUGCUGAUGAAUGAGAGUUUGAGGCUGAAAGAAGAGGUUGCCGGCUUAAGAGCUGCAAUUGGGGGCAUCCGUAUGCAAAUUCACUGGUUGAUGAACACCCGUCAUCAGGCAGUGGAUCAACGCCCUGUUGGGGGAACUUCAAGCUCCAGUGGGCCACAAAACUCAUCUGCUCAGGGUGGUAACCUGAGCAGUGGAGGUGUCCUUCCUAAUAUCAGACGUAUGGCUGGUGAGUUUAGUUACCGCAUAUAAUCGAGAAAGAACUUGGGAGAUAACAAAGAAUAGCAGACCCACUAAAUGACAGGGUGAAGCUUUAAAACUCCGUUUCGUGCUUGAUGUUCCUCUUCACUGUGUUUUUCUCUGUCAUUAUGUUUUCUUUCUUUCGUGGGCUCUGCAUUUUAUGGGGUUUGGCGGUACGCGUAUGGCGUUUUAUUUUUUAUUUUCUUUUCCAUCCGGACGGGGUUUCGGAAUUGGAGAUUGGUUCUAUAAUCGGCUUUCCGCCGGGAGUAAUGAAUGUUGUGGCUGCUGCUCCAUUGGGUGCGAGUGCUACUUUGCCAUCAAUUUUAGUAGUCGAGUGAUGGCAUAUGAUUGGUUUUUUGGGUCUUUGUUGUUGCUCUCGGUGUUUGCGAGCGAGCUUGCACAAUUAUUUAGACUACAGCGUCGCAUACGACCUAAUUAGGUUUUCAUAAAA